AUGGCAGUGAUAACCCGUAGCCAGAACAAAAGCAGCAGCGAAAGCAACGAUAACGCUACACCUAGAAAGAGCAGCCCCAGCGCUAUCAACCGCAUUGGCGACAGCAUCAAGACUAGCCCCAUCGGGUACUUUGGCCGCAGCGUGAGCAGUCUGCUGCUUUCAACUCCACCGCCGAGCCUCAACACUCAGGAAGCAGUAACUCCUAAGCGUAAAAUCAGACAAGUGGAACUCUGCUGGCGAAACCCUGGCCCCAUCUUUAUAAUGGGCCAGAUCUCGCUGGUUUUUGCCUUGCUUGGUGCUGCCUUGAUUUGA